UACAACAAGGAAGUGGACGAUCACUGACAACGGUAAAAUAAUAUUCCUGAAGUAGAUACUCAAUAGCUUAACGGUGUCUAACCAUUGAAUAAGUACCGGGAGGGUAUAGUCGUGUGGGACUUACCCGAAAGCCCGUUCCUAUCUGUGUGAAUAAACGUGGAGCUCGAGUCUAGAAAUGAACACGGACGUUGAAUUUCACAUCAGGCAGAAUUACCCGUGGAACAAGCUGCCCGCUAAUGUCAAACAGAGUCUUGGAAACUUGCAGCGUGAGUAUGACAAGCAAGUUCUUCUCUACAGUAUCCGAAACCAGCUACGCUUCCGCAAUAACCUAGUCAGGCUUGUGAAGAAGGAUGAACGUAAGUAUUACGAAGAGCUGUUGAAGUACAGCCGAGAGCAUCUGAUGCUGUAUCCCUACCACCUGUCUGACAUCAUGGUCAAGGGUCUGCGGGUCACCCCUUUCUCCUACUACAUCAGUAUUAUGGAGGACAUCAUGAACUGCGAGAAGAGUUAUGAUUCCCUGCCCAACUUCACUGCUGCUGACUGUCUGAGGCUACUCGGGAUUGGCAGAAACCAGUAUAUUGACCUGAUGAACCAGUGCAGGUCUUCCAAAAAAUUCUUCCGGAGGAAAUCAGCCCGGGAUCUUCUGCCAUCAAAACCCGUGGAGAUCACUGUGGAGCCGUGGUGGGUGGUGCAGUCUGGAUACAUCACCGAGGAUGACAUCAGGAUCUGCUCUGUGGCAGAGAAGAUGGCCAUUGAUAAGAUGAUAGAUUCUGGACCCCAGCUGGCUGGAUCAAUGGACUACAAUGUGGUUCUGAGUUUGUAUAAUCGGGGCUAUAUAUAUCUUGAUGUGCCCAUAUCAGAUGACAGCUGUAUAUCAGUGCCGCCACUCGAGGGGUUUGUCAUGAACAGGGUCCAGGGAGAUUAUUUCGAAACGCUUCUCUACAAAAUCUUCGUUUCCAUCGAUGAGCAGACUAAUGUGUCUGAGCUGGCUAAUGUGCUGGAAAUUGACUUGGGCCUGGUGAAGAAUGCAGUGUCCAUGUAUUGCCGCCUGGGGUUCGCUAUUAAAAAAGGUCAAGUGAUCAGCCCAGACCAACUCCACCUCUCAUGGAAGAGUGCCCCUUCGGUCAAUAGACUCAAGAGCACUAUGGACCCCCAGAAGAUGCUGCUAUCAUGGGAGGGUGGCAGUCCAGUGAUGGAGGCAGGUUCCUCAGCCACUGAUACGGAUACCACCAGCCUGGAGGACCAGGACACAGCAAGUGUGAGCAGUCUAAAUAUUCCGGUGGCCCCCACUAAAAGGAUUGCCUUCUUGUUUGACUCCACUCUCACCGCCUUCCUUAUGAUGGGCAAUCUCUCCCCUAACUUGAAGAGCCAUGCAGUCACGAUGUUUGAGGUGGGGAAGUUGUCUGAUGAAACCCUUGACAGUUUUCUCAUGGAACUGGAGAAGGUGGAGAGCACCGCUGAAGGAGAGGCUCAGAGAUAUUUUGACCAUGCGCUGACCCUCAGGAACACAAUACUCUUUCUGCGCUACAACAAAGAUCUCACCCCCGACCAGGGCCCUGAUGUACCAAAUAUAGGCCUGCCUCUGGACCUUCUCCGCUGUGAAAGCCUGCUGGGAUUGGACCCUGCCACCUGCAGCCGUGUGUUGAACAAGAACUACAAACUGCUCGUUUCCAUGGCACCACUCAGCAACGAGAUCCGACCAAUCAGCAGCUGCACGCCUCAGCACAUUGGCCCAGCCAUUCCUGAGGUUAGCUCCAUCUGGUUCAAACUGUACCUGUAUCAUGUCUCUGGUCAAGGCCCUCCUUCACUGCUGCUGUCCAAGGGUUCCAGGCUUCGGAAGCUGCCAGAGAUCUUUCAGGUCUAUGACCGGCUGCUUAUUACAUCAUGGGGUCAUGACCCAGGGGUCGUCUCCACAUCCAACGUGCUAACAAUGUUGAAUGAUGCCCUUACCCACUCUGCUGUACUCAUUCAGGGUCAUGGAAUGCAUGGACAUGGUCAGAUCGUCCAUGUCCCCUUCCCAUUUGACGAGGAAGACUUUAAAGCAGAGUUCUCUUAUUCCAAUAUGUGUGCGCACAGAGCCCUUAAGAUCCUGUGGGACAAAGUGGAUCUGGCGCAUCAAUGUGGCUACAUCACCAUGCUCAACCACAACAACAGACAUCGCAGACGACCCAGUGACGCCGAUGGAGAUCCUGAGCUUAGUGGAGUGCUUGAUGCCAAUGGAAGCAAUGAAUCUUUCGAGCUGGUUACAGAGGAGAAUAAUGGAGAUAGCAUUAAGAAACAGGAAACAGAAGGGUCGUUUAGUGAGGAUGAGUGGGUUCCUCUGGAACUGUGCUUUGGAAUGCCUCUCUUCAGCUCUGAGCUUAACCAGAAAGUGUGUCAGAGGAUCGUCUCCCACAAACUCUGCAGCAAAGACAGUCUUCAAGAGUUACUACAUUCCAGUCGCAAACUGGCAUUGAAAGUUCUCAGUUUUGUUCAAUCAUUCCAGGAAGGCAAACAGCCUGCGGACCCUGACAGCGGGGUAUCGGGUCCCCUGAGUCAACCCCCGGCAGAGUCUGGCGUACCCCUCCCCGCAAUCAACCUCCUCUUCAAGGACGGCAAGCUGAAGGAAUGGAUCGGGCGAGCGCCGCCCUCCCUACACAUCUCUGCCCCACAAACAGAUCAACCCACAUAAAACAUCACCCUCAAAAUCACCGCAUUCAGUCCUACACCAUAUUCCACUCACUUCUGAUUGCAUAUGUCUUGAGUUACCAUGUUAUCUCUGUGUCCCUGAAACACACACAGCCAUCAAGUGGAUGCCAGCAUCCAGAGAUCAAUAAUCCAGUGUAGCACUGAUGGUCCUGGUUGACUGAGAUGGGUUUAAUCACUUUCCAACACUUUUAUUCGUCAGAUAUCACUUCACUCAAAGUACAAAAUGGUUAAAUAUAAAUAGAAAAAAAUAUUUGCAAAAAGAUAUCCUGUUGUGACCUUUUAAUGUGUAUAUAGACUUUGCUUGGGAAAACAUCCAAGGACCAAUUCUGUGGUUGGAUGAAGUCCACCAGGUCUUCUGUAUAUGAACCCCCGCCUACUUGUAUUGUCAUGUUUUGUGACCUGAUGCAUGAUAUAAUUGCACAGAAUCUCCAAAAACUACUUGACUGAAUCAGCAGGGUUUGAAAACAUGUAGUUGAGGAUUACUUUUGCACAAAGCUUGUGGAUUUUUUAGAUUUCUUUUGGAAUUCAAUAAGUAUAAUCAGCCUACUUCCACACUAAUAUAUUUUUGGUUGAAAAUUCAUGGAUUUUGCUAUGUUUACACAUUUAUACUUUAGAAAGAGCUUUCAAGUACUGCAUACUUUGGAAAACUAUGACGUUAGGAAGACGAAAACAUUUUCGUAUGGAUGUUGCCUCAGUUAUUGGGUCGUAAUUCCAGCUGGAAAACAUGUCCAUCUCAUUUCUGCUGAGCAGAGGAGCGUUUCUGCUUCACUGAGACCAAAGACCAACUUAUUUGGUUAUUUUUUUAUGUUGAUCUUUUAUCAUUAUUUUACUUUUUUGCUGCCUUAUUUGCUAUGUGCUCAGUAGACUGCCGAUCACUAAAAGCAUUUCGCUCAUUUUCUUGGCCAGUUUAAAGAGUUCCCGCUUGGACUAACCGCGGUUAUACAGAGAUUUUACAAUAAAAGUCGUAAAACUUCUGCUUUAGUCCAGAGGGAACGACAGCAUGGACACAGCCACACAGAAACCUGCAAGUAGUGACAACAAGGUUAUCCAUCAGUACCAUCAGUUCCUAGAUGUGUUGAAUAUCAGUAUAAGUUUAUAGAGUUUGUAGUACUGCAGCAUUAUACAGUUAUCCCUCAGUGGCCUGAACUUUUUCUUCUUGCCUUUACUUAGGUUGCUGACAGUGUUUCCCCAAUCAAACAUUAUAAUGGUGUUCAGCGAUGAUGAUGAACACAUUUUAGAGAUUUUGGUGCUGCAUGAUGAGUGUGUAGAGUUGUUGUGUGUAUUGUGCGCCAUUCUUUCCUCAUCUGUUCUUUUCCCCUCUAUUGAACCCUUCCUGCAUCUAUACUAUCCAAAAACCACCAGCCCCCUGUGCCAGACCCUGUCACAGUGUUAGGAAAGAAUAAGUGACAGUUUUAUAAAGUCACCCUGCAUUUUAGGAACUCUCUGUUGUAGUGUACUUGAUGGGACUGUGAAAAUGCUUUGUUACAUUUCCCCUCUCUCGCCAUCCCAUUCACCAAAAUAUAUGUUAUAACAAAUUAUUAUGUAAAAAGUAUAUGAAAGGACUAAUAAAUAUGUUACAUAAACACCCAUUUAAUAGGCAGACUGUUUUGCUUUUCCCUGCUUAAUGUUAUUACUAUAGCAACACAAAUUCAGGGUAUCACUAGGGGGCAGUGAGGCCUUGAAAUGGGACAUGUCAUUUUUGGAAUGGCACAACUCUAACAUCAUUUAACCUGCUUGAGCUCAAAAAAAUAAUGCUGUAUUAACAGUUUCAAUGUUCUUAAUAUUUCGUUAUUUUAUGCUGGUUUGAAUCUUUGUUGCCACUAAUUAUAGAAUUAAUCUUGUAGCUUAAUAAUUGAAAUUGGUUUUAUCUAGAGACUUGCUCUUUAAAACUAGGUCAGUAACUGAAGUAAGGAACAUUGAAUAUUUCACAAAAUGUGACUAUGAGAGGAACUUUGUCACAAUGGGUUGUUACCAUAUCCAUUUUUAAUUAAUAUCCUGCAGUGUUUGAAAAUGUUUAGUUUCGUACGGGACACCAGCAUUCACAUAAUGUUACUGAUCGUCUGUAAUGCCCUUUAAUGGGUUAUAAUAAGUUACAUAAAAUGAUCAAUGGCUUAAUUUGUUAAUAAGAAAUUGUUAGGAAGUUUAGAAUAAUAAUACUUUUUAUACAAUAGUUGCAAAUACUUUGGAGGUGAGGUCCAUUAAUAAACUUACAGCUGACUGAGCUUUUGUGCAAGACUUUCAAGUGAUUAGACAGACUAUGAUUAUUAGAUGUUGUCAUGUUGAGCAUCAUUGUUAUUUCAGUGACAUCCUUUAUUCAGUUACAUUCAGAGACGGGGCUAAUGUGAGUAGGUUUUCUUUGGUUUACAUUGUAGUUACAAAUAUAAGUUAUUAUGUUCAAUUGUUUCAGUGUGGUUUACAUAAAUACACAUUUGUUAAAUUUAUAGUAAAAUACCGUAAAACAAUUCGGUGACCAUGUUUCAGGCUUUAUGGGGUUUAAUUUUGAUGCCUGUAUAUUUUAUGUUUCAUACACUAAUAUAAACAUAUACUGUUUAUAUUAUUCAUUGGUAUAAACUUGAUAUACUAACCUUCUGGAACUAUACAAGUAUGCUUUUCACUUUAAAAUGUAUUUUUAAUCACCGUAGUAACUACAAAAGACCACAUAAUGACUUGAAGUUCAUCCAGACAAAGUAA